CCGAUCUUUGCGACGGACCACACCACCUAUACCCCGAAUUUCUCGCCUUGACGGCCUCUUCGUUUUCCUCCGGCAGGUUUUCCUGUGCGGCUACUAUCCCCAUACAAAACAACCUUAUAUAAAAGACCAAAACUAGGCGGAGAAGCGUGCGACUUCUCGGCCCCCACUCUAUUCACUUAUACCCUUUUGAUCUAUAUACCGUCGCGAAUCGUCGCAUGUUCCUUUCUCAGUAACCGCGGCGAUGCUUAUCGAUGGCGAGAAGUGGGCUUGUGAAGCUUGCGUCCGGGGUCACCGUGUCAGCAGCUGUCACCACAGUGACCGCCCCUUGACCCACAUUAACAAAAAAGGCCGUCCUGUCUCUCAAUGCGCUCACUGUCGCGGCCUACGCAAGUCACGGACAACCCACACUAAGUGCGAGUGUGGUGACAAGAAAAAGAAUUGCCACAAGAAUGACUCAGAUCCCCAUGCUACGGAUAAGCGGGAUCACAAGCAGGACUCCCGUCCAAAAUGUGGCUGCACUCAUGGUCAGCGCUGUACCUGUGCGCUGAAGAAGGAACCCCACCUGGAUACCGUUCCGGAGACCGGCCUCCCUCCACCCCCAGCUGCGACGCUGUUGGAUCAGCCCAAGAAGCCGCAGCUGACCUCGACCAAAUCGGAGAGUACCUUGACCAUCUUCCGCGAUGGCCACCACAAGCCGGCUCAUAAGCACAACGACAUGGCUCACAAAUGCGGUCUGCCCUAUACGAUACCCCGUUCUCAUACCAUCCAUGCUGGCGAUGUGGCCCGCCGCUCGGUCGACCACCUGCCUUUGGUCCAGCCCACCAUGCUCAACGAGGGUUUCGCGAAUCAACAACAGCCCGCAGAACAGUCACCUUCGCGCGGACAACAUCGCCGUGUCAAGUCUGAACAUGGUUCUCCUGAGAGUGCCCCCGUCGUCUCGCCGGACAACGUCCCGACAACCGUUCCCCCACUCGACAUCUCGUCCUUUUUCCCUCAAGUUCAGACAGCGGAGAACGCUGGUGACGUUGGCGUUCCCGAGCCGGUCUCGAUGCCUAUGAAGACCCCUCUGGACCCACUGGUCACGUCGGGGUUACCCUUCGACAUGUCAUCAUUCUCAUCCUUCCCAACAACAGCGACAUCGCCCGUCAAUUGUGUCGCAUUUCAGGACCCCUACAAGGAGCCUUUCUUCACGUCACCGGAGGGCGACGUGUCUCUUCAGUCGACCGCAUUCAGCGCCCCUCCAGUCGAUUGGUCAAGCUUCCCUCUGUACUCCUCGGAAGUACCAGCCGCGACAAGCACUCAAGCACCUUCCUACGCAAGCUUCGAUUACAACUCUAUGGCACCCGGGUUCCCAGCCCCGUCAUCAUCCGGUGACAUCUCUGAAGCGGAUGAGUUCGCGCCGAUCCCUGGCUUGGGACGUACUGGCAGCGAUCUGCACGAUCUCAACAGCGUUAGCGAGGGCUCCGAUAUCGACCAUUUCCGCAUCAGCUCCGCGUCGUCCUUCAUUGGCCUUCCCCAGGCACAGCUCUUGGCAUCGAAUAACCUUGAGUCGAUUGACAUUGACGACUUCCUCAAGUCGGCCAACGAGUCCACCGCGGCGUUAGAGCAUCAGCUCCAGGCCACGAUGGGCAUGGAAGCCAAGCAACUUCCGACCGAGGACGCCUUCGCCAUGUCGAAUGCUGAGACUUUCAAGCCGGUGACUACACCGACUGCCAGCAUGUCGAUGACCACGCCUCCGACCGAAGCCGCUUGGAACGUGGGGCUCUUCGACCCCAAUACUGCCCCCAUGAGCGAAAACAGCAAUGGCAAUUUCUACGUGCCGCCAUGGGUGCAGUAAGGCUGGCUUUCGGAUGAGACGCGGCUUGCUACAUAGUGUUGUGGUCUGUUCGCGGCACCUUACCACCACCUCCACACCGUCUGAGUGACGACCCCCACGUCUUCAUGACCUUGAUGAGAGAUGAUGAUAAUUUCCUGAUUUAUCUGUGUUCUAUUUAGCAGUCCGAGAGUGACACUAAACUAUAGCAUCCAAUUUUAUAAAGAUUACUAUUGUUUCAUUCAUUCGGC